UUAAUAGCUAUUGUUCUCUUACAUAAUAAUACCACUUAAGUUAUAAAUUACCGAGAGAUAAAUAUAUUUAUUGAAAGUGAAAAACUAGUAAAGAUCAUAAAUGUAUUAUGAGUGUCAUGCAGUAAAGAUUAAAAAGUAUCACUUCUCAUAUUUCUUAUUCGCUAGUAUACGUAUAUCUGCAUCUUAUGUUUCAUGCAGUAUAAAUAACUUUGCUUCUGACUUGUUUAGGCCUUCGACCUCUACAUUAUGCCUCGUGGCAAGGAAGAACAGAACCAGUAUUUCUUUUAUUACGACGUGGUGCUAAUGUAAAUGAACAAUCAAUUAGUGGUGAUACAGCUUUGCAUUUAGCUGCACAAUAUGGACACAAUGAUGUUGUUCAAUUAUUACUCUUUCAUCAAGCUGAUCCAACAAUUAUAAAUCGUCGUAAUUUGACACCAAUCGACUUAGCUUGUGAAAAUGGACGAUGUCAAGUUGUUAAUUCAUUAUUACAAAAUCAUUUAUGUUUACGUAUGUUGAACUCCAAUACAAACAAUCAUAAUAAUAACAAUAAUAAUAAUUCGACAAAUGAUAAUGACAAUUCACAACAAUCACAACCAAAUUGUUUGCAUCUAGCAGCUAAAAAUGGUCAUUCAGACAUUGUGCGUCUAUUACUCUUAAAUGGAAUGGAUAUAAAUAAAACAACUACUCAGGGCACAGCGUUACAUGAAGCAGGAAGAAAUGGAAGAUAUGAAGCGGCAAAAGUUUUAUUAGAAUGUGGAAUCGACAUUAAUAUUUGUAAUUCUUAUGAGCAAACAGCCUAUGAAGUUGUUAUUAAACAAAAACCAGGCAAUGAUAUUAAACGUUUAAUAAAAGAAUUCAGUGAUGCUGUAUCUGUGUGUGCUAUUCGUUCGUAUACAGAUAAUCAUGUUGGAGCAUUAAAUUUUCAAGAAGGCGACUAUAUUACGGUGCUUGAACGAAAUCCAAGUGGAGAAUGGCGAGGAUUCAUUUUGAAAGAAAAUUUGACAACGCGAAUUGGAUAUUUUCCUAGUACAUAUGUACAAUUAGUCGAUCGACAACUAGAUCGUUCAAUUAAAGAAACAAUCAAGGAAAAUGAUAGUUCACCAUCUCAACACUUGAAUCAUAACGGCAAGAACAAUAAUAAUCGUGGUUUAUUAAAUGGUGAUUUGUCACCAGUUGAUAGCCUUGACUCCAUGUCACGAGUCUCUCAAGCAGAUUCAGGUUUAACAACAUCCUCCUAUCGCUCGCGUCGCGGCAGUCCAAACAGCAGUUGUCGUCAUUCAACAGCCAGUAGUGUUGACAGCGGAAGAAGUUCAACCGCAAUUUCAGUUGUUUAUGAUAGUCCAAAACCUCCUACACUGUCCAGUUUUAUGACAACGAAUACACCCUUAUCUUACAACGUUAUUACUAAUCUAACUAAUGGGACAAUAUCUGCCAUAAACGAUGCACGUUCGGUUUGUAGUAGUGAAUCAAAAUCAUCGGAUCAAGAUAAAACAAGUUAUCGUAGUUCAAACAGUAGUCUUGAUCGUCUUGAUGAAUCUCUAACAAUAGCCAAUAACACAAAUUUAAAUAAUUUAUUACGAAACGGUGUUCCGGAGAAUGAAAUAGUUUUAACUUGGCUUCGAGAUUUUUCAUACGAAGAUUAUUAUGAAAAUUUUAUUGCAAAUGGUUAUGAUAUACACACCAUAACAAGAAUGACACCAGAAGAUCUAACGGCUAUUGGUAUUACUCAUCCAUCUCAUCGACGAAAACUUAAAAAUGAAAUUGGAAAAUUACGUGUUGGCGAUCGGUUGCCUGAUUAUAAACCGGAUUCUGUCUAUGACUGGCUUUGUCUUCUACGUUUAAACGAAUACAUCGAUUUACUCCAUGAUCAAAAUUAUAAACAAAUUGAUGAUGUGAUGAAUAUGGCAUGGGAAGAUCUAGAAGAUAUAGGAAUAACACGAUUGGGACAUCAAAAACGAUUUAUGCUUGGAGUUAAACGGUUGCAAGACAUCAAAAAAGGACUUUAUCAACCUAACAGUAACAACAACAAUUUAUCUUCGCCUAAUCCACCAAUGUCACCGAAUGGAAACCGUUUUGUAACUAAUCUUCCACCGCCAUCCACUCCCUGCAGACAAUCGUCACUGCAAACUAAUUCAAAUGAUCAACAAACAAAAUAUCGACCAUUGAUUCCUAACCGGCAAACAAAACCAAUUGAAAGAUGUAACUCAGUCGAAAACAAUAAUGCUCAAAAUGAACGAAUACAGCUAUUGAAAAGGCAAGUACCGUCUACUCAUCGAUCUUCCGACAAUGAUUCAUCCUCCUCCUAUGCCACACUACGUAAACCACCUACUUCUCCAAAUUCAAUUAAUAGUCUAAAACGUCCGUUGCCUGCUGGUUACGGUUUGCACACAUCUUCAUUUCGUUUACCAUCGGCAACCGUCUCUCCGCCACUUCCGUCUGCAACAAAUUUAAAUAUGCUAAAUCUAACAGCAACACGUACGAGAAGUUUAGAGAAUAUAAAUGGUGGUGAUUAUCACAUUACGAACGGAACACACAAAAACCCAUUCGAUCUAAAAAAUAAUUGUAUACCGACAUGUGAUGCCGUAUUACAUGUCGAUACGUCAUUAUCUUCUUGCACCAACGACGCAUCACCAACGUUGUUAUCAACAAAUGCAAACCGAGCAACACCGACCAUUCUGUCACCAAGAACAACAUCAACACCGAAACAUCAUAAUACCAGUCUUUCUCACUCUUCUUCGAAUCAAAAUGGAACAAAUCAUAAUAAGUUAUCACCAUCUCAAAGUUCUUCUCCUCAGUGUCGUCGUACAAAUUCCUCUUCUAGUCACCAACAACAACAAAACUAUUUAUCAAAUUUACAAGUGCUAUGCAAUCUAUCAUCAAGUACAGAAUCGAAUUGUAUCCCAUUUGCUAACGAAAAUAUUGGAACAAUCAAACAACGUUCUACAAUAAAUGGAAAUGAUGAUAAAGUCUCAUCAUUUAAUCCAUCAGCUGAAAAUAGCUCAACAAUAAAACGUUCAUUACCAAUUGAAUUUUUUGAACAAAGAACAUCCAUAAAUAUAUUAAAACCAUCCUAUCCUAUAACGACAGCCAUUUACGAUAAUAAUGAACGAUAUUGUGCUUCGCCGACAAAACUUAGAAGUUUAAAAUCUCCAUCACUCAAAAAUGGAAAUGGUCGAACAGUAAUUAAUGAGCAAGAAAAACGUUUGCAAUACAUUGAAAUGUUAAAGAAAGAAAAAGAAGAACACCAAAAUAAAUCCCAACGAAAUGAUACAUCGAAUGUUUUACACGAUAUUGAUGAUAUGCUAAGUGAUUUAAAUCGAGAAUUGGAUGCAAUGCUCGAGUAUGAAACAACUUCACGGUCUUGA